AGCAUCGCUAACGCGUACUUCGACGUAUCUUAGCGGCGCUCAGCAUCCGCGCUCGAAAUAUCCACAGACCUCAUUGAUGUGCCAAGUCCAGCGCCAGCAACAUGGCCAUUGUCGCCGGUACAUGUACAACCAAGUCAAGGCUGUUCUUCGGAAGGGAUUCGGAAGCCUCAUCGGCGCCCACUGUUUGACUGGCCAAGGGUGAUGAGAUGACAUGUUGCACUUGUCCUGGCUGCUGCAUACCCGCUUGUUCUCGAACAGUGUGUCGGCUUCCCGCCCGGCAAGGGCGUCGAGACUCGACGUGCGCAAAAGUUCUCAUCUGCCAGCAUUUCAUUCCGCAAUUUGCCACCUCAGAGGUAGACUACCAAGCUAGAGAAACCCCCAGCACACACUGCAUCAUGUCUGCGUCCGGAUCCAUCGCCACGUGCAGCUCGACCGUCUUAAGUUCACUGCUUACGAACCAGUACAUCAGUCAGUGCUCGACCGAUUCGGGCUAUGUGUUCACGGCCGCCUCGGUCCCGACGCAGGAUGUCAUCGAUCUCAUGUGUGCGUCCUCAGCCUGCCGUGGUCUGUUGGCUGAUGCACAGGCCAUGGACUUGUCCGAGUGCAUCCUGCCCGUGGGCGACAAUAUCCGUCUUCUGGCUGAUCUGAUCGACUACAUACCGCCACGCUGUCCGUCGGCCUCGGGCAGCGCUGCAACCGCCUCCACCACCACGGACAGCACGGUCGCGGCCAGCUCCACGGCCGGUAACGACACGGCUAGCGCCGCCGACACCAUCACGGCACCGUCCACGGCCUCGUCCACCACGUCGUCGGGUGAGACGUCCACUACCGCGACCAGCGCGCCGGCAACAGAGUCGUCGGGAUCUGCGGCUUCGGCUUCGGCCUCAGCUGCAUCCGCGUCGUCGGGAUCCAGCGCGGCGUCGCCUGUUGGCCGUGCGCUGAGCGUCAUGUCGCUCGGUGCAUUGGCCGUCGUCACUUAUUUCUUGUAGACGAACGUCUAAGGGAUUUUACUACUUUUUUUUCUGAAGUAGCUACACUUUUUUGAUGAUCAAUAGAUGUAACUUUGAUCUUGAACACUUGCUGGUCAUGAUCUGGGCUGA